GACAAUCAGACCGAAGAUGAAAAAAAGUGAAAGUGUAUUAUGGUCUUGGUUUAAUACUCUCUGCGUAGUUUUGGUCUGAUAGUGGUCAACUGUAAUAUUCGACUAAACGACUUCCAUCAGAAAUUCAAUCAAAAUUAAUGGGAAUUAAGUCAAAAGGAUAUUUCUCAAUUUCUUUAGGAUUAUAACUGUGUUUUUGAAAGUCAUCAUGUCCUUUGCAUCUGAAGAAAUAAUCCCAUAUGAUCCUGAGAUUUAUCGAUCACCAGCGGAGUUAUACUCAUAUCUCACCAAUGUCGGAGAACUUCACGAUGAGCAUGGCUGGGAGUACCACUCUGACAGGGGCAUGCAUCAGAGUGACAUGUUGGAAAUCUCCUCACAAGGGAAUCACCUGACAGAGCUCCAGAGUGUCCAUUCCCAACAGCUCCUCCACCCUUAUCGCUACCCCGAUACCGACACCCUCCACCUGCCACUAGCAGACCCAGGAUUGGGACCCCUAACCCUAACCUCACAGAUGCCGUACUACAACCACACAGUGUAUUACCAGCAACAGGCCCCUGUGUCCCCUAGUUACUACUGCUCAGAGGAGGAGGAACCUGUGGGCCACAGUCCCCCACUGGAGGUAUCUGAGGGUGAAGAAGAGGACUAUGGAGAUCAUGUCCCUUUUGGGGGAGACUCCAGUAACAAGAGGAAGAUCCGGCUGUACCAGUUCCUCCUGGACAUGCUGAAGAACGGAGACAUGAAGGACAGUAUGUGGUGGGUGGACAGAGAGAAAGGAAUCUUCCAGUUCUCCUCUAAAAACAAGGAGACUCUGGCCAAUCGCUGGGGCACACAGAAAGGGAACAGGAAGAGGAUGACCUAUCAGAAGAUGGCCAGGGCCCUGCGGAACUACGGCAAGACUGGAGAAAUCAGAAAAGUUAAGAAGAAACUGACCUACCAGUUCAGUCCGGAGGUACUGAGGAAAGUCUUGACUACAGAGAGGAGGCACUACCCUCACUAAGAGUACCAGAGAUUGUUUAUGUUCUGCCACUGUAUACCUGCUUUGGGAGUAGGCCUAACCUCACUGCUAUGUCUUGACUACAGAGAGGAGGCACUACCCUCACUAGGAGUACCAGAGAUUGUUUAUGUUCUGCCACUGUAUACCUGCUUUGGGAGUAGGCCUAACCUCACUGCUAUGUCUUGACUACAGAGAGGAGGCACUACCCUCACUAGGAGUACCAGAGAUUGUUUAUGUUCUGCCACUGUAUACCUGCUUUGGGAGUAGGCCUAACCUCACUGCUAUGUCUUGACUACAGAGAGGAGGCACUACCCUCACUAGGAGUACCAGAGAUUGUUUAUGUUCUGCCACUGUAUACCUGCUUUGGGAGUAGGCCUAACCUCACUGCUAUGUCUUGACUACAGAGAGGAGGCACUACCCUCACUAGGAGUACCAGAGAUUGUUUAUGUUCUGCCACUGUAUACCUGCUUUGGGAGUAGGCCUAACCUCACUGCUAUGUCUUGACUACAGAGAGGAGGCACUACCCUCACUAGGAGUACCAGAGAUUGUUUAUGUUCUGCCACUGUAUACCUGCUUUGGGAGUAGGCCUAACCUCACUGCUAUGUCUUGACUACAGAGAGGAGGCACUACCCUCACUAGGAGUACCAGAGAUUGUUUAUGUUCUGCCACUGUAUACCUGCUUUGGGAGUAGGCCUAACCUCACUGCUAUGUCUUGACUACAGAGAGGAGGCACUACCCUCACUAGGAGUACCAGAGAUUGUUUAUGUUCUGCCACUGUAUACCUGCUUUGGGAGUAGGCCUAACCUCACUGCUAUGUCUUGACUACAGAGAGGAGGCACUACCCUCACUAGGAGUACCAGAGAUUGUUUAUGUUCUGCCACUGUAUACCUGCUUUGGGAGUAGGCCUAACCUCACUGCUAUGUCUUGACUACAGAGAGGAGGCACUACCCUCACUAGGAGUACCAGAGAUUGUUUAUGUUCUGCCACUGUAUACCUGCUUUGGGAGUAGGCCUAACCUCACUGCUAUGUCUUGACUACAGAGAGGAGGCACUACCCUCACUAGGAGUACCAGAGAUUGUUUAUGUUCUGCCACUGUAUACCUGCUUUGGGAGUAGGCCUAACCUCACUGCUAUGUCUUGACUACAGAGAGGAGGCACUACCCUCACUAGGAGUACCAGAGAUUGUUUAUGUUCUGCCACUGUAUACCUGCUUUGGGAGUAGGCCUAACCUCACUGCUAUGUCUUGACUACAGAGAGGAGGCACUACCCUCACUAGGAGUACCAGAGAUUGUUUAUGUUCUGCCACUGUAUACCUGCUUUGGGAGUAGGCCUAACCUCACUGCUAUGUCUUGACUACAGAGAGGAGGCACUACCCUCACUAGGAGUACCAGAGAUUGUUUAUGUUCUGCCACUGUAUACCUGCUUUGGGAGUAGGCCUAACCUCACUGCUAUGUCUUGACUACAGAGAGGAGGCACUACCCUCACUAGGAGUACCAGAGAUUGUUUAUGUUCUGCCACUGUAUACCUGCUUUGGGAGUAGGCCUAACCUCACUGCUAUGUCUUGACUACAGAGAGGAGGCACUACCCUCACUAGGAGUACCAGAGAUUGUUUAUGUUCUGCCACUGUAUACCUGCUUUGGGAGUAGGCCUAACCUCACUGCUAUGUCUUGAAAAUAGGACAAUAAUGCCUGCGACUGUAAUUGUAUGUCAUUACAUUUAAAAUGAUUCCCCAGAAACAAUCAGGUAACAUUAAACAUGUUGAUGUUUAGAUUUUUGUUAUUGGUGUUUGCAUAUUCCAUGUUUAUUUAUUUACUUAACAAGUUGUUGUGUGUUACGUGUCACAUAAUCAUACUCUUGACUCUAUCUUUGUGUCUGUGAUGGAAAAAAAUAAAAUAAAGUAUAUUUUUUACAUAU